AUGGUUUCCACAAAGACCAAAAUCUUGAUCAAGUUGAGCCUUGAUACCUUAUACUUCAUAUUUGCUUUGACAGUUUGUUUCACAGAUGUCUUCAAAUUUAUGAAGAAUUAUUAUAUUGGAAUGAUUAACCUGACCACUCAAACUACAACAUAUUCUAUUACUGUAGAAGCGACAGGAACAUUCCAAGAAUUCAAAGACCAUUGAUGCAACAAGAAAUACUUACCUGACAAGAUAUGCGACAAUAUAGACGAUUUUAAAACAGGUGGAAUCCUAUUUGUGGUCUUUUCUGCUCUUGCCCACUUAUUUUGGCUUUACAGUGUUGCAAGUCUUAUACUCAAGUCUUGCAUGCAAAACUUUACCCUUGCGCUUAUUCAUGAUGUCGAAAACUUUAUAUAUCCAGCAAUUUAUGCCCUAAGCGUUGUCCUUUACAUUUUUGUGAGCAAAAUCUACUCAGUCAGUCCACCAAAAUACUAUGAUGACGAUUAUGAAGUAAAAACACAAGAAGCCGAAGUAUUCAUGUAUAUUGCUCUGUGCUUUGGAGUGCUAAGCGGACUGCUGUUUCUUUUCUGCCGAACAGAAAUUAACGAGAAUUGCAAAGUCGGUGGCAGCAAGAAUGCUUAUUUAAUGGGCUAA